GGAGACUCAUACCUGGUUCACUUCACUUCACAAGAGAUUUCUAGGAACUGGUCAUCGAUAGGAAAACUUUGAUUUGAGAGUCAUGAUCACAGCUGCGGAGUAUGGGCACACGUCAUGGGAGCUGUCUGUGCAGGUGGAUCAGAGAGAUGGAGACGAGUCCAUGAGAUUCAAACUGAGGGUGAAGGGCGACUUGCACAUCGGAGGCCUCAUGCUCAAGUUGGUGGAGAAGAUCAAGGCUCCUCAGGACUGGUCAGACCAUGCCCUGUGGUGGGAGCAGAGGAAAUGCUGGCUGCUUAAGACCCACUGGACCCUGGACAAGUAUGGAGUUCAGGCUGAUGCGGACCUGCGCUACACACCCCAACACAAACCCCUGUUCAUCCAGCUUCCCAACAUGAAGACCAUCAAAUUAACUGUCAGCUACUCCAGUGUGGUCUUCAAGACGGUCACGGAGAUCUGUCGAGCACUCAACAUCAGGAGACCAGAGGAACUGUCUCUGCUGAAGCCUCCAGAUGAUCCAUCCAAGAAGAAGAAGAAGGAUAAAGAAAAGAAUUCACUUCUGGACGACAUCUUGGACAUGGAUGUCCUCAGCGGGGGACCAGGAGGAACAGGAAGCCCUAUGUACAGUAAAACCAUGACAGCAACCUACGACCCAGAGAAUGGGAUGCCGGUAUCGGCCACAAGCCUUUGGUUUGGAGACACCCAUCUUACUGACAGCCAGCCCAACCUGCCUCCUGCCGAGCUGGCCAAGAUGUACCAGCCACUCUCGCUAGUGGACAAAGCCGCCAUCAACGCAGGGUGGUUGGACUCAUCGCGCUCUCUGAUGGAGCAAGAUAUUCAGGAUGAUGACAGGCUAUUGCUGCGCUUCAAGUAUCACUUCUUCUUUGACCUCAAUCCCAAGUAUGAUGCUGUCAGGAUAACCCAGCUGUACGAACAGGCUCGCUGGUCCAUCCUGCUGGAGGAGAUAGAUUGCACUGAGGAGGAGAUGCUGAUGUUCGCUUCACUACAGUAUCACAUUUGUAAACUGACCUUGUCAACUGAACCAAUGGACCACUCCAACGAACCAGAAAUCGAUGAAGUAGAGGCUGCUCUGUCCAAUUUGGAGGUGACACUUGAAGGGGGAACUACAGACAGGAUUCUGGAAGACAUAACAGACAUUCCAGAACUGGCAGAUUCCCUCCGACUAUUUAGGCCAAAAAGACUGACGCUGCGGCCAUACAAAGAGUACUGGUUUGUGUUCAAGGACACCACCAUCUCCUACUUUAAGAACAAGGAGGCCUCCAGUGGAGAACCCAUUGAGCAGUUUCACCUCCGAGGCUGUGAGGUCGUCCCGGACGUCAACGUGACCGACAAGAAGUUUGGAAUCAAGCUCCUGCUCCCAGUUGCUGAUGGGAUGAAUGAAGUUUACAUCCGAUGUGAUAAUGAAACUCAGUACGCCAAGUGGAAAGCUGCAUGUAUCCUAGCCUCCAAAGGCAAGACAAUGGCCUACAGCUCCUACAGGUCGGAGGUGAAGAACAUCCAGUCCUUCCUACAAAUGAAGAGCCUGGCGCCCCCUCCUGGCCAGGCAUCUCCCAACCUUGACGCCAUGGAGAUGAAUGCUGAAAGUUUUGUUUCCCCGCGCUACACUAAGAAGUACAAGACCAAGCAGCUGACAGCACGUAUCCUGGAGGCCCACCAGAACAUAGCACAGCUGUCUCUCAUGGACGCCAAGAUGCGCUUUAUCCAGGCGUGGCAGUCCCUGCCAGAGUUUGGCAUCAAGUAUUACAUUGUCAGGUUCAGAGGCAGUAAGAAGGAUGAGAUUCUGGGCAUCUCCUACAACCGCCUGAUCCGUAUCGACAUGUCCACCGGCCUCCCUGUCACCACAUGGAGGUUUGCCAACAUGAAGCAGUGGAAUGUCAACUGGGAGAUAAGACAGGUGGCCAUAGAGUUUGACCAGAACGUGACGAUAGCCUUCUCCUGUGUCAGCUGCGACUGCAAGGUGGUCCACGAGUUCAUCGGCGGCUACAUUUUCCUCUCCACGCGCUCCAAAGACCAGAAUGAGACGCUAGACGAAGACUUGUUCCAUAAACUCACUGGGGGCCAGCAAUGAAACCAGAUACUCUAAAUGCUGUCAAUAGUUCUUCUGUCUCGUAUGUAGAUGUUACAAUGUGAAAGCACAGCAUUCGUGUAGCAGUGGUGGACCAACACACCGAGCAAUGCACCACACCGCUGCCAGGAAAAAAAUGUGAUAUUAUAAAAACAAUAGAAUUUGACCCCUAUUUUCAACCAUAGAACAAACUACAGCGAUUAUGUUUACAAUUAAUGAUUUCAUUAUAAAUUAAAUCAUUGUGAACAGUUUUGGCAGUGCACCUUGUACAAGCACCAAAACAACGUUGUUAAUGUAAAUAUCUAACAAAGGCAGAUUUGCAUGGCUUUCUGUCAAAACUGUAAUGGCAAGAUUUCUCUAAGAAUCAAGCCUCUUUCAUUUUUUUUUUAUUUUUUUUUUUUAGGUGAAAGGAUUUGCCUUUUUCAACAGUGAGACUUUUUUAUGAAAAAAACAUUAAAGUUGUUUUUACAUUUCA